AUGAGGAAAGAAGAACCAUGGAUACACCAGCCGUCAGAUUUAAUCUCCAAUUUCACAACUUCACCAUUCUUUAAGGUAACUUCUAUACCAGACGUAUGCUAUGUUUUAUCACCAGGGGUAGCUGUUGCCUGGAAAGCUGCAAAUGUGAAAAUUGGAACUACAGUGAUCGUAUUUGGACUAGGUGCAAUUAGGAAAGCUAUGAAGAUUAUACAACGAGUAGCAGAAGACCACACAAACAAUUCAUCCUCCUUCUUUCCCUUUCUCAAUCUUCGAGUUUUCCCUAAUAUUGUUAUCAGGUGAAAAUUAUACAACGACUCAACCAAUAGCAGAAGAGAACACAAACAGUGAUUUGUAAAUCAUUUCAUGUAACUAAAUUAUCUUAUUUUAAGCUUCAGAAUUCUCUUUUUAUGGGCA